AUGCAACGACUGGUAUACGUUUGUGCCAGCUGUCGGCGGUCAACAGCCGCUCGGAUCCUCGCCCCCUCGAGAACGGCCUGCAGGUCUGUUCAUACAGCCGAUAUCAAUGAUGCUAUCCUAAAGGAACCAAAGCCACUUUCUCUCAACAGAAACUUAGGUUCGCCGAAACCUAAGCUGAAUCGAAGAAAAAACGUCCCUCUAAGAUAUCCGGACUCGAAUGCACCUUACCGCAGAGGAAAAUCGUUCUAUAACGAAAACACUGGAGAUGCUGCCUGUGAUGAUGUCGACCAAUUGUCGAUGAGAUUAGCCAGGGAUUCAAUCCUUGUUCGGGAUGUCUACCGUAGUUUCGAGGGGCUUCUGAGCAAAUACGACGUCCCCCGUUCGGUUGCAAUCAGAGUGAUGCUGUUGAAACACCAUUUCCCUCGACAAUUAAUUGGGGCCCUGAUAGAACACCAUCGAAAACUCGAAGGCCUCCCCUCACUCGCUGAAGCUCUUCGAAUGCUGGUUUCGAACGGAAUAAAUGAUGACAAACUUUGGGCUGAAGUAAUGUUUGAAUACAUUCGGACUGGGUUCUAUGAUGAUGCGGUGGACUUGUGGAACUAUCGCUUGGAAUGUCAAAAGGACAGUCCCUUGACCUUUGGAAGCGGGGCGCCAAAAGAGAAGACCAUUAGGUCCACCCAGAACACACCGUUGGGUGACUGGCCGAAUAUCUCACAGUCGCCACCAGUUCCAACCCAUUGCUAUCCCGCUGUAGCAGCGUUGACGGCAUUCAUAUACGCCCGGCGCUUAAUGAUGACACCCACAAAUUUCACGGACCUAAUGCACUUUCUUGCACCUAACGGGGAGGAUGUCUCUGCCCUGCUGCCGUCAAACCCUGAAGCCGGAAACAUUCUUACAGAAUACGCAAUUGACCCCAAGAUAGUUGAAUCGACUUUGGCGACUCUCCAAGAAUUUCGGCCAUAUUCUGGCCAAAACCUUGCCCGCUUCGCAUCCAUAUUUGACAGGCUUUUUAUCGCAGCUGCGAAUAAAGAUCUCCAAGAAGUCACCAAUAUAUAUGAGGAAGCAAAACAAGUAAUCCCAGAGCCUAAAACUAGGAACUACUACAUCAACUUCAUCAAUGCCUUCAUGCAGUGUGGCAGUCGGGAAAAUGGCGAUCUUCUUUGGAGAGAAAUGCUAAACUCAGGCGCUAUCCCAACCGCAAAAGUCUGGUGUUCCUGGUUAGAUGGCUGCGCAAAAGCUAGAGAUAUCAAGCUAUUUCAACAAAGCUGGGAUAGGAUGUUGUCGGAAGGGAUAGUUCCCGAUACGGUGUGCUGGACGAUCAGGAUGCAGAUGCUCUUUUUCCUCAAGCAGCCUGAAUCAGCAAAACUAUGCUUACAAUACAUGGUUGACAGCCAAGUCCCGAUUACAACAGUAACAAUCAAUGUUGCGGUUGAAGGUUUAAUAAGCGCGGGGCUUCACAAAGAUGCUUUUGGCCUGAUCCAGUGGGGUACAAACAACGGAGUUGAACUCGACACAGCUACCUACAACCUAGUCCUAGAUUCUCGUUCAAAGCUGGGCCAAUUGGAGGGAGUUCUUGAAACUUUGAACAGUAUGCAUAAAAAUCGCGUCCCCGCGGAUAUCAUUACCUACGGUGUGAUUCUGCGCGGCAUGUAUAACCACAGCCCCACUCCACCAGACCUUAGGUUUCUCCAGACCAUUCUGGAUGAGAUGCAGACAGCGGGUAUCAAACCUAACAUACAGUUCUACAAUACUGUCAUCCAUGCCAUGUUGCACCGAUUCGGGGACUUAAAGGGAGCGCAAUACGUUCUAUCUUUAAUGCCUAACGAGACAUGGAGGACGUCCGCGAUUACUUCUGCCAUUUUCAUCAACCACUACGCCCGAAAGAAGAAUAUAGAGGCCAUAGAGGAAGUGUGGAGAACAAUGAAGCGCAACAAUGUCGCCCCCGAUGAGGUUGUCUACAGCGCAACUGUCAUGGCCUACGCUAAUGUCGGAAUGAAAACUCAGAUGUUGGGGUACCUCGACGAAAUGGAAAGAAUGAGAAAACGUGUCAGCCUCACAACGUACAUUUGGGUAUUGAAAAGUCUCAUGAAUAUGCAGGAUUAUCAGACCGCAGGCGAUAUCUUAGCUGGGAUGAAGGUGAAAGGUAUAGAUAUCCUCGGCAACAAGGAGCUAAGAUUCAUUGUCAGAAAGUUGAAAGAGAUAGUAAUCACCGCGCAGAGAGAUGCCUACGGUAAAGGUACAUAUCGACAUUAG